UACCUGGUGGCACCAAAGUGUGACCAAAUCGGAAGGCUGCAGCUUGGAAGAAUUGAUCAAUUUGUGGAUCAAUAGUUGGAUUGUAACCUUUUAAAAUUUAUUAAAAUUACACAAAACCAAAAUAAAGGUCAUUUUACUUAGAAAAACUAUAAAAAUAUAAUUUUAUUAACAAAUUACCAGUAUACUUAGGAAGUUUUUUUCCCAACCAUUCGGGUAACCAUUCGUUUGUAACAAUGUGUUGCUGUGUUGCUAUUACCCAUUUACGUGCUUCGUUGUAAAUUUUUUCUCCAGACCAGUUAGGUUGUUUGUGCCUUAUAUAAUUUGCUAUAUGAUUGUGCCAUCUAAACCAAAUUAUACCAAGUGAAAGAAGGAAUGGAUUUUCAUUACCUCUUGGAUUUCCUAAUUCUAUAACAUAUAAAUGCAUCAUAUUGAUUUUAAUAAUUAUAUCUAAUCUUGUAAAAUGAAUUGUUUACAUCCCUUGAAAAAUGCGAUAUUAUCAAAUAUAUUGUGUAUUUUUCAAAGAAACCAAUACAGAUUUAUAAAAAAAAUGAGUGUAAGAGAUGCAUUAAACGCAGCUCUUGACGAAGAAUUAGAGAGAGAUGAAAAAGUAUUUAUUUUGGGAGAAGAAGUGGCACAAUAUGAUGGUGCUUAUAAAAUAACAAAAGGUCUAUGGAAGAAAUAUGGAGAUAAAAGAUUAAUCGAUACACCUAUCACAGAAAGUGGAUUUUGUGGUAUUGCUAUUGGAGCAGCACUUGCUGGUUUAAGACCGAUAUGUGAAUUUAUGACAUUCAAUUUUUCAUUACAAGCUAUAGACCGUAUUAUAAAUGGAGCAGCUAAAAACUUAUAUAUGAGUGCGGGAAAAUUUAAUGUGCCUAUUGUAUUUCGUGGGCCAAAUGGUAAUGCUAAAGGUUUAGCGGCACAACAUUCUCAAUGUUUUGGGGCAUGGUACAUGAGUUGUCCUGGUUUGAAAGUUAUGUCACCUACAACUUCUGAAGAUUAUAGAGGAUGUUUGAAAACUGCUGUUCGAGAUCCUGAUCCAGUUGUAUUUUUAGAAAGUGAAGUACUUUAUAACACUACAUUUCCUGUAUCGGAUGAAGCUAUGGACAAAGACUUUGUAAUACCGAUUGGUAAAGCUAAAAUUGAGAAACUGGGUAAACAUAUUACAUUAACUUCACAUGGUCAGGGUACACUUUAUACACUACGAGCAGCUGAAAUUCUAGCAAAAGAGGGAAUAGAAGCAGAAGUUAUUAAUUUACGUUCUCUGAGACCACUAGAUUGGGAAACAAUAUUCAAAUCAGUUUCAAAAACGCAUAGACUAAUGACAGUUGAGCUGGGAUGGCCUACAUGUGGAGUAGGUUCUGAGAUAGUGGCUACUGUUAUGGAAAAUCCAGUAUUUUUUCAACUUGAUGCGCCAGCCAUUCGCUGUACAGGUAUCGAUGUACCUAUGCCGUAUGCAGAAAAUAUUGAAUAUGAAUGUAUACCCAAAGACCAUCAUAUUGCAGAGUUUGCUAAGAAAAUUUGUGGUAUAAGUAUAUAAAUGUUAUAAUAUUUUAAAAAUAAAUUUCCACUUACUAAAAAAUCGUUCAACUUCUUCUGUAUAAUGUUGCAUAAUAUAUUCAUGAUGGUGAAUCGGAGGUGGUGGAUUGAACAUAGGCAACUUAUCAGUAUUAUAUUCGGGAUAUAAAUUCUCAUGAGAAGCUGCUAAUAAUCCAUUAGGAUCAAAAGUGCCAUUUGUGUAGGUUCUUAGAACGUUAGACCAUGCUUUUGAAGUACCAUAAAUGAGUCCUCCAUCCAAAAAGGGGGUUAUUUCAUUUAACUGCAAUGUUUAUAUGUUAUUUUAAAAUUAUGUAUAUAUUUCGUUUAAUAUUAAGACAAAUGUUGCAUAUUAAAUUGAAUUUCAAAACCUGUUGACGCGGAUUAUUAGGGUUGUGUCCAGUUCUCUUAUCGUAACGUGUACGUAAUACUGGCAUUUCAGAAUGUCCAAGUUUUGUUCUAUAAUGAUGAUUAUUUGGAAUUUUAAUAUUAAAGUAUUCUGGUGGACAUGCGGGUCUUUGUGCAUCCAAAAUUUCUUCCACAAUAUGUUGUCCUGUUGAUGUUAUAAUAUUGAUUUAUAGUAACAAUUACUUAUAGUUAAGAUAAUAAACAGUUUAAUUAAAAUUUCAUUUACUCUUAAUGAUUUAAUAUUUCACAACAUACCAAAAAAUACAAGUAAUACAUUUUU